AUGCAAGCUCUUUGUGUAUUUGGAUAUUGGGCUUCUUACGGGUUAAACCAAUGGAGGAGUGGGUUACGUUUCAAGUUUUGUGGCGGCUCAGCUUCUACCCACCGGUUGUUUCUUCAGCAAAGUCCGAGACUUUCUGCGAUCAGAGCUUCAUCAGAGGGAAGCUCGAGGCGUAGAGCUUACAAGGAGUCACAAGAAGCUAGUGCCUUCCCUAAUGCUAAAGAUCAGCAUAUUGCUUCUAACAGCUUGCCUGUUGGCUCAGUCGUUGUCGUCACCUUCGCAGUUUUGUGGAAAGUGGUGGAGAAGUUCAUGUCUCCAAAGUCUACAAAGACUUUAUCUGGUGAAAGCAAGUCUUCUACACAAGGAGUGAAAUGGUCAAUCAGUGCUGGUACUAAUCUGUUUCAAGGGUUUGCUGCAAAGGUUGAUAGGGAGAACAAACAGAGGCUUAAUGAAUUAGCUAAAGAAUUAAGGUCCUUCAGAAGUGUUGAUAUGUCAGGAUGCAACUUAGGAGAUAAAGGGAUGUUCUUUCUUGCUGAAAGCCUUGGGUAUAAACAGACUGUGGAAGAAGUCAGUUUUCCUGCAAAUGAGAUUACAGCUGCAGGAGUCAAAGCCUUUGAUGAUGUUCUUCAAUCAAAUAUUAUGUUGAAGGUUCUUAACCUCUCUGGAAACCCUAUUGGUUAUGAUUACGUUGAGGCUUGA